UUUUCAAAAAAAAAAAACGGCUGUGUGAAUGGAGCUAAACGGCUAAACUGAUAAAUAAGGAUUCGACGCUUGUUUUACUUUGAUAUGAAUAAUAAAUGUAACUGUUUACUGAAAUACGUAAACAGUUCGUAGUUUUAUGUUUUAGUUUUAUAGCAUCUUGUCGUUUCCAGACGGAAAAACGCCCAUAACGGGGUGUAGCGGCUGCGCAGCCCUUUUUUUUUCGAUCUGCGCAAACCGGGUGGAAGUUGAGCAGCUCGAACGCUCCCGAAAAAAUAUAAUAAUCGUAACCCGGACAUUCCAGUGUUGUGUCAUGGUGGUUGAAUAAGAAUUUUGAAGAACAUCUGCGCUUUUUAAACAUGUUUCGACUCUGCAGAAGAGCUGUUUUCAUCCACGAGCAAUGGAUAGUGAAGGUCAACUUGCCAUUAAGUCCUUACUCGACCUCUCCGGUCAGACUGGGUGUUCUGCGGAAGGCGAAUGAAAAGUGUGAGCGCUUCUUAGAGCAGAGAUUUCCUCGCUUUUCCAUCCUGUACCACACCCUGAGGAAAGGAUUUCGGCUCCUGUUAGAAGACGUGAAGGAGGUUAGUAGGAUAAAGAGGACCAUAUGGAUGAAUAACAUGCACUACAGAGAGCUCCCGUAUCGAGAGCUGAAGAGACUCAUCCUGUUUCGACGUGACAUGGUUAAAGCCAUUCCGCUGCUCGUGAUCUCACUUCCUCCCUUCGCCAUCGGCUUGGUGCUCAUCCUCAUGUGUUUGUUUCCACGUCAGCUUUUGUUUCGACAUUUCUGGACGCCGCAGCAGCAGAGGAAGUUCCAGAUGAUUGACCACAUAAAACGUUCUCAGUGUCAGGCGAAGAUCCUGGACAGCUUGGUGUUGAGUGUGCCGCGUGUGAGCGCGUGGCAUCAGAGGAGCCUCCUCAACCUGUGCUCCAAGGUUCAGGGAGGGAAACACCCAAGAGUCUCGGAGGUCCGCGCCGUACGAGACGUCUUCUUCGAGUCUUCUCCACUGGGACUGCAGCGUCUGGAACCUCGUCACCUGAGAUUGUUAGGUUCUCAGCUCCCUGUAAUCGUGUGGUUUCCCAGUUUCCUGGUGCGCAGGCGGCUCACCACCAAAGCCCUGGGCCUGCUGUAUCUGGACCGCGCCCUGCAGCGUCUCGGGCUCGAUCAGCUCACUGAGGAAGAAAUGAGACAAGCGUGUGACUUCCGCGGGCUGAACCCCAGCCGGCUGACCUCCAGUGAGUGUACAGAGUGGCUUCAUCAGUGGCUGGAGCUCUCCGCAAAGGUCAAAGAUUAGUCACUAAUUUGUUGCUGAUUCAUCACUGAUUCGUCACUGGUUUGAAACUGAUUCGUCACUGGUUUGAAACUGAUUCGUCACUGAUUUGAAACUGAUUCGUCACUGAUUUGUUGCUGUUUUUGUUGCUGAGUCCUUACGGAUUAGUCACUAAUUUGUUGUUGAUUCAUCACUUUGUUGCUGUUGAUUUGUUGCUGUUUUUGUUGCUGAUGCAUCAAUGAUUCAUAAAUGAUUCAUCACUGAUUUGUUGCUUUUUUUUUUGUUGCUGAAUCAUUGCUGAUUUGUCACUGAAUUUACACUAAAUCAUUCAUACGGCAAAACUUAAAAAAAAAAUUAUUAUGCCUAUAUAUCCAUAUAUCCAUCACAUAUUCAUGUUAUCAAGAUUUUUUACACUGAGCCCAUUUAGUAUACAUUUACAUUAUAUACAUUUAUAUACAUUUAGUCCAGGGGUGUGCAGGCUUUCGUUCCACCCGACUAGAAGUCACCCCUGGUUCCACUUGUUUAAUCAGUUCAUCUUGGUCUCUAAUCAGCUGUCAUGUGUGCUUCCUGUUUGGCUGCUAUGAAAGCCUGCAGCCACACCGGUCCCUUGAGGAUAAGAUUGAAGUCCCCUGAUUUAGUCAGUUCUCCCAGCUAAGCUCCUUUCUGAAAUGUCAUCUCCCCCAUGAGGCUCAUUACUCAACUCUAGAGUCAUUCAGCGUAUAAAACGGAUGAAUCAGUGCACAACAGUGACCAAGUAACUCAGUCAUUAAAGACCGAAUCAUUCAGGAAUUAAACAUCUUUAUGCCUUUUAUGCCUGAUGAGAUACACAUUACACCGUCCUGCUUGUUUAAAUAAUUCUGCUUUAUCUGAUAUAUUUGCUGAUUUUCCUGAAGGUUUCUGUUUGUUCUCACUCCACAGAAUCAGAAAUCUCACUGUUGCUGCACAGUAUGACGCUGCUCACGCUCAACUACCCACCCGUGACCAAGUGAACCAAACGCAAUUCUCACCUCAACGUCUCCUUCCUCCUGUUUACUGAAGCUACUCUUCACCUCAACCUCUCCUUCCUCCUGUUUACUGAAGAACCUCUUCACCUCGACUUGCCUGAGUCUUCACCUCAACAUCUCCUUCCUCCUGUUUACUGAAGCUCCUCUUCACCUCAACAUCUCCUAUCUCCUGUUUACUGAAGCUCCUCUUUGCCUCGACUUGCCUGAAUCUUCACCUCAACAUCUCCUAUCUCCUGUUUCCUGAAGAACCUCUUCACCUCGACUUGCCUGAAUCUUCACCUCAACAUCUCCUUCCUCCUGUUUACUGAAGCUCCUUUUCACCUCAACAUCUCCUUCCUCCUGUUUACUGAAGCUCCUCUUUGCCUCGACUUGCCUGAAUCUUCACCUCAACAUCUCCUUCCUCCUGUUUACUGAAGCUCCUCUUUGCCUCGACUUGCCUGAAUCUUCACCUCAACCUCUCCUUCCUCCUGUUUACUGAAGAAUUUCUUCACCUCAACCUCUCCUUCCUCCUGUUUACUGAAGCUCCUCUUCACCUCGACUUGCCUGAAUCUUCACCUCAACAUCUCCUAUCUCCUGUUUACUGAAGAACCUCUCCACCUCGACUCUGUACCGUUUACACACCUGCUCCUCUUUUCCCCCAUCACAGCAUUCCACUCACAUUUCUGUUUAAAGCUCGCUGACAAACCAGUUCACAUUUAAAGCCUGGAAGUCUAAAGUCAUUUGCAUAAAGUGACUCACUUUAGUGCUAUUUUAAAGCCCAAUCUGUGCAGAAAUGAUGCUCUGUGGUUUUUUUUGUUUUUUUUCUUGUGGAAAAAGUAUGCAGAAGUGUUCUUACAACAUUGACAUUACUUGAUGUAAUCAUGUUUAAGCAGUUUAAUUUUUAUAUUAUAAUAGAUAUAAUUAUUCAGUUUUAUAUCUCAGCUUUGUACAUCUCUGUGAUUACAGUCAAACCUCAUAUCUUUGCUUAUUUAAUCUCAGGUUGCUUCUUUUUAAUUUCCAUUUUGAAUUGUUUUGAAUUGUUGCAAUGUGUUUUUUUAAAUAAUUAUUAUUUUUGCGUGGCCUCUUGAGAGUAUAAUAAUAUAAAAUAAUAUGAGUGAAGAAGCCAGUGUGGUGUUUUUCUUCUUUAUAUCCUGCUUCUGUUAGAAUUCGGUAAACGCUGUUGGAUAAGUUAGAAAGCUAAUGUUUUAACAUUUUUAUAACAUUUUUAAUAUCAUUUCCCAUCAACACAAAAGUGUCAAACCUCAUAUACAAACCCAUUAAUAGGUUACCUGUUACCUUUCUUUCUUUCUUAUUUAAUAUCUAUUAACAUUGCUACACUAUAUGGCCAAAAGUAUGUGCACCCCUGACAAUCACACGCA